GCAAAGAAAGAACAUAAAAAAGUCAAACGUCAAAUGUUCGGAGGGAGCUACGAUUUUAUCCUCUUGGAAAUUCACGCGCUUCCAGAUUUGCAUGUUUCUCAUGCUCUCUCUCUCUUUCUGUGAGGCGAUUGAGAUAAAAGAAAAGAAAAAGGGGUCUCCUUUCUCUUGUCUGCUUGGCCAUUCUCAGAGCUAUAUAUGCUUGCGAGCUUAGUGAUGGGUGGCGGGUAGGUGGAAGAAGAGAGGAAAGUUGCGAGCUUUGAUCCCCAAACAAGGAAUCGGAGGAGCUUUCACCAAAGAGCCCACCAAUUUCUUGAAAUGGAUCUCAAAGCAGAGAGCAGCAAUAAUCAGGGCUCGUUGCAGAACCAAUCUCACGGUCAGAUAUCUCAUUUGGCUAUCGAUAUUGGAGGUUCUCUGAUCAAAUUGGUAUACUUUUCGAGAAGCAGCGAUGGGUCCCGUGAUGAUGACACUAACACACCCUCGAAGGAUAGAAUCAGUAUUUCGAACGGAGAUAGCAACGUCCCUCUUUUUGAAGGAAGGCUCCGAUUUGCAAAGUUUGAAACCAGCAAGAUUGAUGAUUGCAUAGAGUUUAUUCGGUCUAAGCAACUGCACCUCAAUGGGUGCUGGCAUCACGAUUCUACAUUAAGGGAGAAGACUAUUAUCAAGGCCACAGGAGGUGGGGCUUUCAAAUUUGCUGAUCUCUUCAAAGAGAAGCUCGGUGUUUCACUUGACAAGGAAGAGGAAAUGGAAUGUCUGGUAAAUGGAGCCAAUUUCCUGCUCAAGACAGUCCAGCAAGAAGCUUUUACAUACACAGAUGGUCGGAAAGAAUUUGUGCAGAUCGAUCAUAACGAUUUGUUCCCUUAUCUCCUUGUAAAUAUUGGAUCAGGUGUUAGCAUGAUCAAGGUUGACGGAGACAGGAAGUUUGAGAGAGUUAGCGGUACUAGUGUUGGAGGUGGAACAUUUUGGGGCAUGGGAAGACUUCUAACGAAAUGCAAGAGUUUUGACGAGCUACUUGAAUUAAGUCAUCAGGGGAACAACAGAGUCGUAGAUAUGCUUGUUGGGGACAUUUAUGGAGGAUUGGACUAUUCAAAGAUUGGGCUUGCUUCAACCGCCAUUGCUUCGAGCUUUGGUAAAGCCAUUUCUGAAGACAAAGAGCUCGAAGAGUACAAGCCCGAAGAUGUCACCCGCUCACUAUUGAGAAUGAUCUCAAAUAAUAUCGGACAGAUCUCUUACUUGAAUGCACUGCGAUAUGGUCUCAAGCGGAUUUUUUUUGGAGGAUUUUUCAUCCGAGGUCACACCUACACAAUGGAUACUAUAUCUGUUGCCGUAAAUUUCUGGUCAAAAGGAGAGGCUCGAGCCAUGUUUUUAAGCCAUGAAGGUUUUCUUGGAGCAUUGGGCGCAUUCACAGGAUAUGAGAAGCACGAUCUUGAGGCAGAUCAAUCAGUUCAGAGAUGCUCUGCUAAGCCGUCCUGUAUAGACGGUAAACUUUGUGGGACACUAUCGAGUCAUUUGAAUGAAGAUGAGAACAUGGAGUGCAGAAUCUGCACUUCAUAGCAUUUGAAAUUUUUUUUUUUGUAACUUAUCUGUAACAUAGGAUACUCCCAACAUCUGUAGGAAAAAUUCGGGGCGUUAAAAUAGACAUAAACUGGGAGUCGUAAGUUAAUAUCGAGGAACAUAUCAUUUUCUGGUGAUUGUUUCUCUAAAGUCUCUGGUUUGAUUCUGCAGGCUUCCUGCAAAAUGUACCCUUCUUGUUUACGUUAUAAAAUUAGCUCCUAGUUAUAUGUUCUGAA